AUGGUGCCCUCUGGCGACCGCGCGCAGCUCAUCGCGAGCGCCGUGUCGUUCCUGCGCGACCCGGCCACGGCCUCGUCGCCCCUCGCACAGCGCAUCGCCUUCCUCGAGUCGAAGGGCCUGUCGCAGCCCGACAUCGAGCUCGCACUGCAGCAAGCCGGCGCAGGCGCACCCGCACCGCCUUAUCCCGGCGCCGCCGCGAGGGCGGGCCCGUACUCGGUUGGCCCCCACUCGCCGUACGGCCACCAGCUCAACGAGUUCCAGCGCGACUGGCGCGACUGGUUCAUCAUGGGCGUCGUCGGUGGAGGCGUCGGCUGGCUCGCUGUCAAACUCGCCCAGAAAUUCCUCGUGCCGCACCUCCAGCCGCCAACCGAGACGGACCUCGAGGCGUCGCAGCGCGCGCUCGAGGCCAAGUACGACGAGGCGGCCGAGCUCCUCAAGACGCUCCAAGAGUCGACCGACGCCGUCGCCGCGAGCCUCGACGACCAGAAGCGCGACAUCGAGAAGGAGCUCGAGGAGGUGAGGGGCGCCGUCAAGGAGAUGCGCGAAGGCGAGAAGAAGCGCGACGAGUGGGCGCAGAGCGUCGGGAGGCAGGUCGACGACAUGGUCAAGAGCUUGCCCGGGCUCCUCGACAAGCAAGCCUCGGCCCAGUCGACCUCGCUCGCCGACCUCCAGACCGAGCUCAAGUCGCUCAAGUCGCUCCUCAUCGCGCGCCGACCGGCCCCGACCUCGUCCCCCUCGUCUUCCUCGACCUCGACCUCGACCUCGAACCCGUCCGCCACCGCCUCGUCCACCGCACCGUCGUCCUCCUCUCUCCCCUUCAGCAUCAAGCCUCCCGGCCUCCCCGCAUGGCAGCUCAAGAGCUCGAGCGCCGCACCGACGCCCGCACCUGCGCCGACCUCGCCCGCCACCGCCUCGAGCGGGUACACCGUGCCCGGCUCGGCUGGCGCUGCGUCGACUGCGCCCGACUCGGACAAGGACAAGGACCCGAGCGCGAGCGGCGUCCUCGUCGAGAAGCCCGACGCGAGCGAGGGCGCGUCUGCCGGUGCGGCGAGCGACGGCGGAGCUGGCGAGGACAAGGGCAAGGGGAAGCAGGUCGAGGCGUGAGGACGCGGUCGGGGGCCUGUGCUGUGCUGUACUGGAUACUCGCGUGCGACGUG